CAAGUAUGUGACUGUCGGUUUGGGGACAUAGCCUGGGUAUCUGAAUAAUUCUCUGAUGGGUCGAGGACUGCCUUGUAAUACUCCAAAGGCUCAUUCAUCCAUUUCCUAGAAUCCUCCUGGGGUCAGCCUGUGUGGGGGUGGAGGUGGAAGCGACCCUCUAAACGUCCUCUCCCUCUCUGCAGUGUUUGGGGUCAUGACCUAUCAAAAGGAUGCCAUUCUCACCCAUCUGCAACUGUUAGCUCACUACCGCCUUGAUGACCGCAGCCCCGGGUGCCUUACCGCUCCAGUGCCGACGGCCCUCCAUCAGUGGCCUUUCCCAGAUCACCAGCAGCCUGUACAUCAGCAAUGGUGCAGCUGCCAACAACAAGCUCCUCCUAACCAGCAACCAGAUCACCACGGUCAUCAACGUCUCAGUGGAGGUGGCCAACACCUUCCACGAGAACAUCCAGUACACACAGGUGCCCGUGGCUGACAUGCCCAGCUCGCGUCUCUGUGACUUCUUCGACCUGAUCGCCGACCACAUCCACGAAGUGGAGCUGAAGCAGGGCCGCACGCUGCUGCACUGCGCCGCCGGCAUGAGCCGCUCAGCCACCCUGUGCCUGGCCUACCUCAUGAAGUACCACGCUAUGUCCCUGCUGGACGCCCACACGUGGACCAAGUCAUGCCGGCCCAUCAUCCGGCCCAACAGUGGCUUCUGGGAGCAGCUCAUCCACUAUGAGUUCAAGCUGUUUGGCAAGAAUACGAUGCACAUGGUCAGCUCCCCAGUGGGAAUGAUCCCUGACAUCUAUGAGAAGGAGGUGCAUUUGAUGAUCCCACUCUGAGCCACACCACCGGCCCCUGCAUUCUGAUUGGUGGUACAAACUGUCAUUUAUCCUAUAUGAAGAUCAGAAGUUGAAUGUUCUGCUUUUCAUGGUACGGAAACCCAAUGGAUACCUUUUUAUUUCUUCUUUUUGAGUGUGUGUGCCAGUAGUGGGUGAACUCAGGGCCU